AUCUAAAAAUAAUGGAAUCAAUAAGUGAUAAGCCUCUAGUGUUGGUCACAGGCAUCUCAGGAUAUCUAGGCUCCUGGUGAGCCAAGAAAGCUAUCGAUAGUGGAAAGUACAAGGUCAGAGGGUCAGUAAGAGACAAAGACAACAAGGAGCAGAUGGAAAUACUUGAAGAAGGCUUCGGAGGUGACUUUAAAGACAUUGAAAUCGUCUCAGCUGACCUGAGGGAUGAAGAAUCAAUGGCUAAUGCUGUCCAUGGUUGUGAUUAUAUCAUUCAUGUUGCUUCACCUUUACCUCUCACGACUCCUAAAAAUUUUGAGAAGGAAGUGAUUGAACCUGCUGUGAAUGGUGUAAAAUAUGUUCUACAAGCCUCAGUACGCUCUACAGUUAAGAAGGUAAUCAUCACUUCAUCUGCAAAUACUGUCCAAGAUCAGCUCAAGGGAGAUGGAACAUAUGGCAAGGAUAGUUUCAUCAAAGAGCAUAAAGGAAUGAAUGGAUAUUACAGAAGUAAGAACCGAUCAGAGAAAUUUGCAUUUGAUUUCAUGAGGAGCCUUUCCAAAGAGGAUCGUACGUUCGAAAUGUGAGUGAUCAAUCCAGGCAUCAUAGUUGGUACCACAUUCCUACGAAAUGCCAAAGGAGCCGUUCUUGGACUCUUUACAGAUGCACUUAAUGGGAAGAAGAUAUCCUUGCCUCAGACAUACUAUCCUCAUUCUGAUGUCCAAGACUGAGGAGAUGCCCAUGUAAAUGCUAUUGAGCUUGGUGAAGAUCUUUGUAGAUAUCCCCUAGCCAGCGGGAAUAUGAAAUUCAGAGCUUAUUUUGAUUAUAUAAAAGAGGAGUUUGAGCCAAAGGGAUACAAAAUCAGGCAUUCUGAGCUUUCUAAAUGCACUAUAUGGAUAGGAAGCUUGUUCAACAAGGAUGCCAAAAAUUUCUUAUGGCAAUGGAAUGUCAAAGCAUUCAUGGAUGGGGAAUAUGCAGCCAAAAAGCUAAACCUCACCUACAAAGAUGCGAGAGAAAGCAGCAUAGACCUAGCUAACUCACUAAUCAACCUCGGGCUAGUAAAUCAACCCAAAAAGAAAUAAUCCUACACUUCUGUUGCUUCAAUACUUAUC